ACAAUGGCUGAAAGAAGUUUUGAUCAAAAGGGCCGUCCGUCUCAGUGCGUCGUCUCGCAGAAGCGUCCGUCCUCUAGCAGUAAGGCUGUGAGGUCCAAGAUGGUUGAAGUAAGACCGCAGGCAAAAUCUGCCUCUGGUUCAACAAAGAAGCACACAGAUGACCUUCUUGCUAAGGAAGAACAAUACAAACUCUUAAAUGCAGAGCUGGAAGCCAAAACAGCAGAUCUAGUAAGACAAGCAGAACAACUUAUGAGAGAACAGAGUGAAGUUCUGUCAAAACCUUUCUCCACCCUCCUGCUCACGGACGUUGAGGAUGAAGAGGAGUCAAGGAAGAUACACAAUCCACAGAGCACUAUGCAGGAGCCUGGUGUGAAGGUGGUGACCAAAAAAAGAAUCGCAGCAACAUCACACAGCAUCUCUACUAGAAAACAAAAAAAAGAGCCUCGCUGUAAAACAGUACUCCCAAAGAUAACUCAUGUGGCUGACUUAGCAGAUGUAGAAGACUCUGAGGAUUUCUUCCUGGCAAAGACAAUACGGAGCAUGGAGGAGAAGAUGAACGACACCGUGACUCAAGAAGAUGUUGUGGAUGAUGAGGCUAAUGCUGGAGACAAUGUAUGCUCAGGCGUUUCAGAAGCUCACAUACGAGUUCAGAAGGCAAAACUACGGAUCAUGCAGGAGGAACUGGAUCAACUCUCAUGUGAAUAUUAUAAGAAGGAUGAUGAAAAUGCCAAGCUUGGUGCUAAAAUAAAGGAGCUUGAGGAGGAACGAGCCAGACUGCAGAAAACAACAAACAUCCAGCAGACGCAGAUUGAAAAGCACAGAGCUUUAGCAGAGGAGUCCGACAAAAAGUGUGAUGGUCUUCAACUGCAAUUGUCUGCAUUACACAAGGAAAUAGAACAUCUGAAUAGAUCCCACAAACAAGCAGCGGCGGUGCACAGCACGGUGGAGGUUCGUCUGAACAGAGCGCUGGAGGAGGUGGAGAGGUUCAAGGCUCAGCUCAACAAGAUGAAACAGACGAACAAGGACAAGAUAAGCGAUGAACAUCAGAGUAAAGAAAAUCUACUUGCCGAAAACAAAAUGCUAAAAAAACAGAAAGCCGAACUCAUUGUGGGUUUCAAGAAACAGCUGAAGCUGAUUGAGAUCCUCAAAAGACAAAAGAUGCAUUUUGAAGCUGCCAAGCUGCUGUCGUUCACAGAGGACGAGUUCAUGAAAGCUCUAGACUGGGGGAAGUCAGAGGCACAGAGAGGUGCAGAUAAAUGAGAGACUUCGGGUUCAAAGUUCAUUUAGAUUUAGAGAGGUGUCUCCUAAUUAGUGUCACAUUUAGCCAGCAGACAGCCUCAGAUCUUUUCUGGAAUUAUUUUUAUUAAGAUCCUGUCAGCACAGUCCAAAUAAAAACAUGUCAAUUAAUAAUGUUGUUGUGACUGAAUGCUACACGAGCACCAUCAUGGAUGCUGAGAAAUUAAAGAACUUUGCAACCAU